GACUGCCAGCUGCUUUGGUUAGCCCUUCAUUUCCUUGCUCUCUCUCUCUCUCUCUUAUUUCAUUUCUUUUUGAGUGUUAGAGUAAAAGGGCAAUAAAGAAAGGGGCAAGGAGAUAUGUUUCCGAGCCCAAGAUUCAGUCUUUGCUGCUUUUGCAUAUUGUCUUGAGGAUAAUGAGCAGAGGCUUCUGUGUCUUCUUCUCCGAGGAAGAAGAAGAGGAAGAACAUGUUUUCUAAUUUCCAACGCCACGAAUCCCUUCUCCAAAAUCCAAUCUUUGAUUCCCUUUACUGCCAGGAGGAGGAAGAGGACUGUUUCGACGAGAAUGCAGGUGGUGCCCUUUUGUCCCACAACCUAAACCUGCCGGAAAUUCAGGAUUUCGCCGAGAUUCACGGCGGAAGGCUGCUGCUGUCGGGGCACGACCUUGUCUGGGAAGAUGAGGAGAUUCGCACCCUUUUGCAUAAAGAGAGAGUGGAGGCUGCUGCUGUAAUAAUGGCAGAUUCAGAUGGGGCUUUGAGAAGGGCAAGAAAUGAGGCCAUCGAGUGGAUUUUGAAUGUGGUUGGGUACUAUGGCUUCAACGCCAUGACUGCCCUUUUAGCUGUAAACUACUACGACAGAUUCAUCGCAUCUGUUUGCUUCCAGAAGGACAAGCCAUGGAUGAGCCAAUUGACUGCUGUGGCCUGCCUUUCCAUUGCUGCCAAGGUCGAGGAAACUCAUGUGCCCCUUUUGUUGGACUUACAGGUUGAGGAAUCGAAGUUCUUGUUCGAGGCGAAGACCAUUCAGAGAAUGGAGCUUCUUGUCCUUUCGACUCUUGGGUGGAAAGUGAAUCCUGUGACACCAAUGUCAUUUAUUGACCACAUUGUGAGGAGAUUUGAGCUCAUCACUGAUCUGCAUUGGCAGUUCUUGAGCAAAUGUCACAGUGCUAUUCUCUCAGUGAUCACUGAUUGCAGGUUUGGACAUUAUCUUCCUUCUGUAGUUGCAGCUGCGACGAUGGUACAUGUGAUUGGUGAGAUACAAGGCUGUGAUGCGACCGAUUAUCAAGCUCGGCUUGGGGACGUUCUCAAAGUUAGCAAGGACAAGGUUGAUGAAUGCCACAAGAUUGUCACGGAGGCAAUCAAUGAUCCCAAACGCAAACAUCACCACCAUAAGCGCAAGCAUGACUCGAUUCCGAGCAGCCCCAGUGGUGUGAUCGACGCCUACUUGAGCUCUGAAAGCUCAGUCGAUUCGUGGGCUGUUGCAUCAUCGUCUGUGUCGUCAUCACCAGAGCCUUUCUUGAAAAGAAGCAGGGCUAAUGAUCAGCACAUGAGAUUGACUCCACCUAGCAGUGUGUCUGGUGGCAGGGCUACUCAUCUUCAUUGAACUAAACUCGCAGUAUCUUUCAUAUAAAUAUAUAUCUAUAUAUUUAUUCAAUAUGAUCAACGGUACCUUCGUAUCACGCUUUGGCUAUAUUUUCCAUCGCACUCUAGUGCAAUAAUAAUGUGACAUUUCUACUAUGAUGUUAUUUCAGCCUAAUCGAUCCCAUGUGAUGAACUUAAGCAUUUUGCAUCAGCUGGCAUGAUUUCUAUUAUAUAUAUUCGGGAUGUCGAGGAUACAUAAUGCCUAGCUCUAGAUACAAUGGGGGAACGGGACAAGGGAUGGGUGUCCCGAGCAUUUGGUGGUUUCCACAAUGGAGGAAUUCGUGGAUUUAAGUAAGGUUUUCGAUGUAUGUAGGACAGGUUGGCAAUUGACUGCUUUGCCUUUCUUAACAUGUUGGCAGUUUUAAUAUAAUCUAAGUGUGGAGAAAACUGUCUCGAUGAUCGAAAAACAUGUUGUCCUCAAGUGGGAUUCAAGCUUGUGGCCUUUGAUGGCCUUUUCUUGCUUGUUUUUAAUCUAAAGGACAGGAAAGUCUCCCUUGAGAAAUUUAAUGCAUUUUGCUCAGUUUCAAGCUUGAGAUCUUUUG